AUGUCUGGUCGCAGCACUCGUGCUUCGUCGUGUCGAAAGAACGCGAGGGCAAAUGAUCAGCAGGCAUCUGCUUCGUCAAACCCUUCUUCCAGGCUCACAGCAGAUAAGGCUCAUGCUGCUCCCAAAAAGACCAAGGCCAAAACGGCAACUGACACGUCAAACAAAAUGCAGUCCACGCGUCUGGACAGUAACGAUACCCCGCAGGCCGCUCAUGCAAGUGAUAACACGCAGCCUGCUCAACCCUCUCCUCAAAGCCGAGAACUUCCCCACAACCUUGGCACAAUCCCUAUUAUUUCUCCUCAGGCCCAGCCGCUCAAGAUCGAAAAUGAGGCCAACAAGGAAGAUUUCCCACUUUCCACCGGGCUUGCUCCUGGACAUAGACAAGACGUAACUCCUGGAAGUGCGAUACCCGCGCUCGAAACAGUGAUCAAGAGGAGCACCUACAAGUUGACUCCCGGUAGCACUCCCUACCCUGAGCUCCAGCAUCCAACUCCUCAGGAAUGUCAGGAGGUACACGAUCUUUUGACCCAGGUGCAUGGAAAGAUCAUUGCUCCAUCUGUCAUCCCUGCACCCUCCCUGACCGUCACCGGCUGUGGGGAAGUCCCAUCGGUCUUGGAUGCACUUAUCCGCACCCUUCUUAGUGGAGCUACCACCUUCCACAAUGCAGCUGUUGCAUUCGCAGGCCUAGUUGAGCGGUUUGGAACCCUUGAUAAAGGCAUCGGCAAGGGCAGUGUCAACUGGGAUGCCGUGAGACAGGCCUCACAGAAGGAUGUCUUCAUGGCGAUCAAAGGUGGUGGCUUGGCGGAUGGAAAAAGUAGGAACAUCAAGGCCAUUCUCGACAUGGUGUACGAGGAUAACCUGCAGCGCCGCAAGCUCCUAUCCACCGACGAUCCCAAUGCCUUCCCCGACCAAGCUCUCGUGUCUGCCGAAAAGGCCGAGAAGGACCAGAAGUACGAGAUCGACUGCGCAAACGAAAACCUCAUGUCGCUGAACCACAUGCACAACCUGCCUACCGACGAGGUCAUGGAGAAGUUGACCCAAUACCCGGGCGUUGGACCCAAGACAGCCGCCUGUGUCAUCCUAUUCUGCCUCCAGCCAAAUGGCUGGGCUGGCUCCCCCCCAACCUGCCGUAGUGAAAUCUCUGCAUUCAGCCACCUGGAAUUCCGCAUCCCUGACCAGCUGAAGUACGCCUUGCAUCAGCUGCUUAUCCGCCACGGUCAGGAGUGCGUGCGAUGCAAAGCCAACACCUCGCCGCAGACUCCAGGCUGGGAGAAGGAGUGCAUCUUGGAGCGGCUGGUGACCCGGACCAAGACCCGGGACGCCAAGCGGGAUCGCACGGCGGAGGAGGGCGAGGGGGCCGUCGCGAGCCCUUCUCGGCGGAAGAGGAUGGCGCAGAAGGCGUCAUCCAUCCGCGCCGCUGCGAAGAAGACUCGCGUGGCAGAUGAUGAGAGUGGCGACGAGUCAGAACUCUCAGUUAUGUCUGACUCGCAGCUUCAGGAGCUCUCUGAGAUGCUGUCGAAGGAUCUCUCGGAUUGGGAGUAUUGA